UGGCACGUUGUAGCGAUACAGACUUCAGUUCGGGUCGAAUGAAUGCAUAUGUUCAGUUUUCUGGGGACUAUGAUGGCAUGGUGCAACAACCAGAUGGAUCCUACUUUGCGAAGUGCGUCGGUCCGGGCGAGCGCUGGUGGGCAGCGCCUGCGUGUCGUUCAGACCUGACAAAGUGCAUCCCGACCUUCACCUCUACGCCCGGAUGGAAAGUCCAAGCCAUGAUGCAGUGGACUGCAGCUUAUGGUUUUCCAGCAGCGAUUGCCAUUUCCAAUACUUUUGCCCUCUUCCAGAAGCACGUGCACAUUUUCAGGGCACUUCACUACUGGUGGGAACCUGACUCUACGUUCAUCGAUAUGCGGCCGGAGCCGGUCAUUCUUCCGCGCCACAGCCCCUCUGAAUGGGCUGCAGGGAAUAAGAAGACAGGUGGAUUCGGCGCCCGCGUCUCCAAGAUGGUGAGUUCAAAUCUGCACUCUAAAGCUGCUUUGGUCCAAGACUUCAUCAGCGAGGUGAAUUUCGAACUUUCGGAAGUUCAAAACCUGCUGCUUCUUCACAUCCAAUCAGGUGCAACAACAUUCUUCGACGUGGCCUGUGAUUGGAUCAAAUUGCAUAGGAGCCGCUGGACAAGGUGGAUCCCAGACAAGACUAAAUGCUCGGCACAGUUUGGUUUGUUCAACGAAAAGACCAAUCAAUUCGUGAACAGCCGGGCAGAUCAGACCAACCUGAUUUGUGGCUUGGCAUGGCUUAGCAGGGCAGAGCUUGCCCCUCCGGGCAUUUCUCAGAAGAACUCCAAGACGGGACACUUGGAUCAGGAAGGAUCGGUUCCGGGACGCAUCGCUGCGUGGCCUGCCCAGCUGGCACAUCUCAGGCAUCUGGAGCUUCACUCGCAUGUGAUCCCUGCUCCAGAGGCCACAGGGCACGGUGAAUAUCAAGAUGAAGAAGCCAAGAGUUCCUGCAAGCGUUGUGAGAAGGGGAAGUAUCAGGGCCAAGAAGGGCAGAGCCAGUGCCUUCAAUGUCCUCCUGGUACCACAACGCUGGGCUUUGGUUCCAACGACCUUUCGGACUGCGGCUGUAAUGAGCACACAAUCAACGUCGCUCCGAAUGAAACGGCCUUUCAAUGCGUUCCCUGCAGUGAAGGCCUUUAUUGUCCAUUCUCGUCGACCAUCCAGAGUCUCAAAGAUGGGCCAGCACUUGCGAACGACCAAACGAAGGACUUUGUGCCAGUGGUCGAGGAGGGCUAUUACGCUUCACUCCACACCCCUACUAGUGUGUACUUGUGCAAACCUUCACACUUUUGCCUUCGAGGUCGACCUGGUGAGUGCCCAGGCGGGAUGUUUCGACAACGUUGUGUCAGUUUGGAAAUUCCAAGGACUUGGUCGGAAGGCCAGUGUGUGGAUUGUGGGCUUUCGCCCGUGGCAUGGUUGUUUGGCAUUUUGGUUGGACUGGCUGGCUUGGUCGCGUUCUAUUAUAUUGGCAAUACAGAGGUCACCGCACAAGCUUCACCGAUCAAGGUGCUCACCAUGGCCAGUGGUUUGAGCGUCAAUGUGAUGCAGACGGUCAGGUGGCCGAAAGUGAUGGAGGCGACUUCCUCAGGAUUGCAGUUUAUGGUCCUUGACGUUCAAAGUCUUGGUCUGGAGUGCCUCCUCGGUUCUGGUGCAGUGGCACGUUACGUCUCCGUUGCUGCGGUGUUCCCAAUCAUCCUGACGUGGUUGCUCACCUGCUCGCUGGCCUCCGGCUUUUUCCCCAAAUGCGCUCCUCUUCGCCGUUUUCAGCCUUGGACAUGGCCUGGGACCUUCAACAUCAUGGGAUUGAUUCUCCAAGUGGCUUUCAGCACAGUCAGUGCUGUGGCCAUGCAACCUUUGAUGUGCUAUAGCCACCCGAACGGCAGAAAGAGUUUGCUGAAGUACCCAAACGUCAAAUGCGGGGGAAGCGUGCAGCCGACCAUGUUGGCGGUUGGCUUGGUUGUUGGUUCUGUCUUCGUUUUGGCAUUCUAUGUCGGCUGCAUCUAUGCUGCCUUUCACAUGCCUUCCUGGAGCGCGAAAAAGAGGGAUGCCACAGUCUCCAGUUUCCGGUUCCUGAUCUCCAACUUCCGCUUAAACCGCUGGUGGUUUGGUUUGCUGCUGACUGCACGUGGGUUCUGUUUUUGCUUGGUAAUCGUGGUGGCAACUGACAAUGAAUCUGCACAAACAAGCUUGACUACUCUCAUCAUUGUGCUCCUUGGCUUCGGUGGGGUCGGGUGUCAGGAUGCGGGCCAGGUGCGCCGGCAAAGGACAGCUGAGACUGCAGUAACCCCAGUGACCGGAAUAUCAGAUAGAGUGGUUGGAUUCAAAUGCACCAAAUAUCAAUAA